AUGGCCGUCCGAGGCUGGAUCUCAUUCUGGUGGCUGCCCAUCAUCUCGGCACUCGUCUGGGUCGGCAUGCUCCUCGGCAUGCUCCUGCACUGGAUCAUCAACGACCACGCCAAGCCGUACCCUUAUCAGGACCAGUCUAUUCGUAUCGUCUUCAUUUCCAACAUUGGCGCCGAGAAGCUGAAGCCACUCUUCAUCGCCGGCUCCUGCGUCGUCUGCUUCUUUCUGGGGCUGUCCAUGCUCGCGUCGCGCUGGCUGCGUCACCGCGGACGCCUCGUCCCCAACGACUCGCGCGGCCAAAAGAUUCUUGCCGUGCUGACCAUCGUUUUUGCCGUGAUAGGCACGGCGGGGCUGAUUCUUCUGUCCAUAUUUGAUACAAAGAACCACCAGAGGCUACAUUACAGCUUUUUGGCCAUCUUCCUUCUGGGAUACGUUUUCUCUGCUAUUUGCACCUGCUGGGAAUAUCAGCGGCUGGGCUUCAAGCACAGAGAACAUCCCAAUCUUCUCAUGUCGUUCUGGGCCAAGCUCACCAUCAUGAUCCUCGAGUUGGCUCUCGCCAUUGCUUUUGUCAUUACUAAUUUUAAAAAGGCAAACGAUGCCGCCGCCGUGCUCGAGUGGAUCGUCGCUUUUUUCUUCACCUUCUUCAUCUUAUCUUUUUGGAUCGACCUCUACCCUGCCUACGCGACCAAGCCGCACACGGCUCGCUUCGAGAAGCGCGGCCCCCGCGAGAUGGAAGAAGCCAGUAGCGGCAACGACGGUGGUACCAUGCCGAUGCAGCUUCAGCAGUAUUACGGCAAUGGCACAACCCCCAACGCUUACCAUCACGGCAGCGGCACGAUUCCCAACACCACCGGCGCGUUUUGA